AUGGAGAAGAAAAUCCAAAUCCCCUCAGUUUUAAUGCUUGUAGUAACAUCACAACUAUUUCUAGCCACAUGCCACGUGUCCACGGCAUCCAAGAAGACUUACAUCGUCCACAUGUCGAAAUCCGAUAUGCCGAUGGAAUUCGAAGACGACCACGAGCUCUGGUACACCUCGUCCCUCAAGUCAGUGUCGGGCUCUGGCAAGAUGCUCUACUUGUACGACCACGCGAUGCAUGGCUUCUCGGCCGCCCUCACUGAGGACGAGGCCCGAGAAAUGGAGGACCUACCCGGUGUCCUUUCAGUCAAGCCCGACAGAAGGCUCGAGCUCCACACGACCCGAACCCCCACAUUUCUGGGCCUGGACAAAUUAGAUGGCGACUUCAAGUACCUGCACAAGGCCCAACAGCAGAGCGUGGUCAUUGGAGUGAUCGACACCGGCGUCUGGCCCGAGAGCCCGAGCUUGGACGACACGGGCUACGGGCCGAUCCCAAGUUGGUGGCGAGGCGAAUGCGAGAAUGGGAUCAAUUCCAAUGUAUCCAUGUGCAACAAGAAGCUGAUCGGGGCCAGGUACUUCAACCAAGGCUACCAACAGGCUUCCAAUUUGUCGACGGAGUCGCAAUCGCCGCGGGAUGACGAAGGCCACGGGACCCACACCAUAACCACUGCCGGCGGAUCAUUCGUGAGCAACGCAAACCUGCUCGGGUACGCCAACGGGACGGCGCGCGGGAUGGUGCCGUGGGCAAGGGUCGCCGCGUACAAGGCCUGCUGGACCAACGGCUGUCAAGAGGCCGACAUAGUCAAGGCCAUCGACACAGCCAUCGGCGACGGAGUCCACGUGCUGUCCAUGUCUUUUGGGAGCCAAAUGCACGUUAAGUUUUACGGCGACCACGUCGCCAUUGGAGCAUUUGCCGCCGCAGCCAAAGGUAUCUUCGUCUCCUGCUCGGCCGGAAACAGUGGCCCUUCCUCGUACAGCGUCACAAACGUGGCGCCGUGGAUAGCCACUGUCGGAGCCGGGACCAUAGAUCGAGACUUCCCGGCCUACGUCAAGCUCAACAAUGGGAAAACUUACGCAGGCGCAUCGCUCUACAGCGGUCCUUUGCUUUCUGGCCCAUUGCCCAUUGUAUAUGCUAGGAGUGUAAGUACAAACAACAUCCCCUACUGUCUAAGUGGCACCCUCAUCUCGGAACUGGUUAAGGGUAAGAUUGUGUUGUGCGACCGCGGGUAUAAUCCUAGAGUCGAGAAGGGCAUGGCGGUCAAGAAUGCCGGUGGGGCCGGCAUGAUUCUAGCCAACACCAUGGGCGACGGAGAGGAGUUGGUGGCCGACGCUCACGUUCUUCCGGCCGUAGCUGUCGGCCAGAUUGCGGGCGACGAGAUGAAGAAAUAUAUCUCCUCCUCCUCCUCCGCUCAAAACAAUAACCUCAAUGCCACAUUCCAGUUUGGCAGGACGAGGCUCGGUGUCAAGCCGUCGCCGGCGCUCGCCGCCUUCAGCUCGAGGGGCCCGAGCGAAAUCGUGCCCGAGGUGCUGAAACCGGACCUGAUCGCGCCAGGUGUCGACAUCCUAGCCGGGUGGUCACGGGCCGCGGGUCCCUCGGGCCUAGAAUUCGACAACCGCAAGGUCGAUUUCAACAUAGUGUCGGGGACAUCGAUGUCGUGCCCCCACGUCAGCGGCCUGGCGGCUCUGCUCAAGGCGGCCCACCCGGACUGGAGCCCGGCCGCUAUCCGCUCGGCCCUCAUGACCACCGCCUACAAUAACGACACCGAUGGCAACCCCAUGAGAGACUUGUCCACGGGAAAUGCAUCCACGCCGUUUGGUUACGGAGCCGGAUAUGUUAACCCUGUUCGAGCCCUAGACCCGGGCUUGGUCUACAAUCUGACCACGGAGGACUACUUGAAUUUUCUCUGUGCAAUAAACUACACGCAACAUUAUAUCAAACUCGUCGCACAACAAAUAAGUUUCACUUGUGACCCCAAAAUAAGGUACAACACGACCGAGUUUAACUACCCAUCAUUUGUCGUUCGGGUGCCAUUCAAUAUGACUGGUACAAGAACGAUUACACAUAAGAGAACGGUUACCAACGUGGGAUCAAGCGGGUCGACUUAUAAUGUCUCCGUCUCUUCACCGAGCAGCUCAGUCAAGAUUUCCGUUUCACCGGCAGAACUGAGUUUCCGUAAGCCAAAUGAAACGAUAUCUUAUACGGUCACGUUCGAAAUAACUGAAUCAAUGCCGCCAGGUACAUAUCAGUUUGGGAAAAUUAUAUUGUUUGAUGAGAAACACGUUGUCGCGAGCCCGAUUGCAAUCGGUUGUUGGAUUUAA